AUGAAUGAGCUAAGAUCUGUUCUGGGUUAUGAUAAUAAGGACAAUUUUGAUUUCGAAUAUUAUUCUCUACUCUAUUGGUUAACUAAUGGUGAAUUUGUAAUGAUAAUAUUACUACCAGAUUUGGAGAUAGAACUGAAGGAUCUAGAAAACAAUUUUAAUUGGGAAACAUUGGUAACUCAGGUGCAUGAAUGCAGAUUUGCUUACAAUUUCAAUUUGUAUUUGCCUAAAUUUAAAGUUAAUAUUACCAGGGAUGUAAAAGAUGUUCUGCUAAAGAUGGGCUUGAACGCAACGUUCAAUGAUAACGCGAAUUUUACACGUCUCGGAAGAGUACCAUCAGCAACACCUGAAAGCCUAUUCUCAAAAGCAAUUAUAAGAAAACUAAAAGCACAUCAAGACGCGGUGAUGAGAGCAGCGCGCGCGUUCGAUGAUAACGUGAAUUUUACACCUCCUCUAGCAAAAAUGCAUUUAAAAGUGAACAGUGUGAUUCACAAAAGUUGCAUAGAGGUUCAAGAACAUACAGAAGCCAAAGAUAAACCAGGAAGCGUGCGUGAACUAAAGUCACAGCAGUAUAAGUGUUAUGCUAGGCUGAAGUCUCCAAUAGUGAAUAAGUUUAAUGAUGAAUUAUAA